AUGACUUUGCAACUCCUUAAACGACCUCAGCCAUUACCUCAAUUUAAGGAAGAGGAAAGUGGAAUCCACGCUCGAUGGGGAAUCAAGGCAUUUUUCUACAAGAAAAACAAUUUUCCUCUGUGGUCCUUUAAAGGUCAAGCACGAGUUCGGUACUCGUCACUGGAUAUAUCUGGACGUUUCCCAAAACGCUCCAAGCAGAUCUCAUUGGUCGAUAUUGGAUACGUUGAAGACGAAGGUAAUAUUCUAGAUGUGCGUGGAUGUAACUUCCGUUUACUGUUGUUUGGUGUGGAUAAUAUUGUGCAAAUUCGGGACCAGCUCCGAUUCCUCAUCAUUCGUCAACGUAUACCUCAUUCAAUUCUGGGAAAACCAUUCGAAUGGCAGGUAAGUGUAGGCAGGUUCAUUACACAACGCCAGUAA